CUGCAGCAACUAAGCUUCACGCAACUGAGAAGAGAUACACGGGGUACAAGUUUCGUUCUGACGCUGCGACAGAUUUGCAAAAUUUUGUUAAGAUACUAUCAAAGAUUUCUGAAAUAUUCUUAUAAUUAAUGAACAAUUUCACAUGUGUGUAUUGGAACUGUACCCGGCCUGGAUUAGGGUGCUGUUCACAGACUUUGAAUCUUUCUUUCAAUUUGCCAACAUAUCCCAUCCCGAGGGAAACGUGCGCGAGUCGCUUGCUCUCGAGGUAGUGCGACGAUGAGAUGCUUUUACUGUGACGCAACUCGUUUAGUCAAGUAUUUUUUACCUGACUUUAUUGUCGAUCGACCGAAUGUAAGGCUUGAGGAUUUCAAAUUUGAGAUCGGAACUCGGUAAUGACUGGCAACCAAUGAAUCUGAAUAUUAUGUGCCAAGUUGUUUAAAAAAAACAAAGCUCAAGUGUAUGACCCAGAAAAACAAAAAGAGAAAGACAAAAGUGUCGAAUGUCCGGGACAUUCACCUUGUGACCCCCAUUAGAAUUUGGAAAUUAUUUCUCUAUGAUUUUACGAUUACAAGAGGAAUAUCAGUGACUACAAUGGUUGAUCAGAAUCUCAACAGAAAGAGACAAAGGCGAUUGCACGUUUCACAAGAUUAUACUUUAACAGUAUGAUCUCUCACAAAAGCCUAUGGAAUUAUCUACGAGUAAAAAAUAAAAUCAGAAAAUAAAAUAGUGCCUAUCAAUGUUCAAAAGGAUUAUUUGGAUUCCAAAUUGGCGUCCUCGAAAAUCAGCAAAUGCUAAUUUUCGAUUAAAAUACGAAAUGGUACUGAUUGAUCCUUCAUGUGGGUCGUUCGCCUACAAAAAAUAAAAUGUCCAUCUAGCUGCUGUCAAUUUUCUCAAUAGCAUUUUGCGAAACGCAAAAUAAGGUUUCCGAAUCUGUGUCGGUGGUUAUGUUAGCAACUCAGAAUCACCCUCUUGGAGGGUUUGGGCGCAUAUUAUUCGCCCUUUUUCUCUUAACCACAUGUUUCACUUUAUCUAAGGCUGCAGCAUUUCCUGACUGGACAGAUUGCCCUGCGGUGUGCAAAUGUAAGUGGACUUUUGGAAGAAAGUCUGCCAUUUGUCCGGAUGCUGGACUUACGUCAUUACCUCCUUCUCUGGACCCAGAUAUGCAAUUGCUGGACUUAUCAGGCAACGAAAUUCCAGCCUUAGAAUCAGAAUUAUUUAAGCGAGCAGGUUUAUUAAACUUGCAAAAAGUGUUUUUGCGUAACGCGAAAAUACAGCAGAUUCACGCGGAUGCCUUCAAAGAAAUGCGAAUCUUGGUCGAAGUCGAUAUUUCAGACAAUUCCAUCACCAGUCUUGAUCCAAACACUUUUUUUGGUAAUGAAAGAUUAAAGACAGUCAUCUUAAGUGGUAAUCCACUUGGUACUUUAAAAAGUUAUCAAUUUCCAACAUUGAAACACAUGCGUAAUUUAGAACUUCAGAGAUGUUCGCUGAAGGAGAUUCAUAAAUUAGCCUUCGUGAAACUCGACGGACUCGAGUCUUUGAAUUUGGAUAACAAUCUUCUACAAUACAUCGACGUAACUUUAGUUUCCAGUUUACCAAAACUGAAAACUUUGUCUCUUACCAACAAUAAUUGGAAAUGUGAUUGUAGGUUACGUGAAUUUCGAACAUGGCUCAUGACUGAAGGUCGAAGUAGGCUAUACUCAGUGGCUCAAAUCUGUAAAUACCCCAGGAAAAUUGAAGGACGUCGUUGGGAAGAUGUUAAUCUCACAGAAUUUGCGUGCGAACCAAAAGUAGUGGCUCAAGCUAGCAGUACUCAAAUAGAAAUCAAUGGGAACAUAAGUCUUUCAUGUCUGGCAACAGGAGACCCAGAACCUGAAAUAUCGUGGCAAUUGAACGGUGGACCCAUUAAUCUUACUCGUUCGGAGCAACCUAAUUUUGGACCUUAUAUCAGUUUUUCAAUUUCAUCUGAUACAGUUGAGAACGUCAACACUGGAAUUAAAAUUAACGAAAGGUGGAGCAAUCUCACGGUCUAUAACGCUAGUGACAUUGACGCUGGUGAAUACACAUGCUCUGCUAAAAAUCUAGCCGGUACAGCAAGCACCACUUUAAAUAUAGCUAUUCCUCGAGUGUUCACAGCACCCACUCUCUCUCAAACAGAUAAUUGGCUCCUUUGGGUGAGUCUUGCUGGGGGUGGAGCUGUUGCACUUUGUGCUUCUAUAUCAGCAGUUUUAUUGGCUCUCUGUUUCUGCGGUGAAUCACGACGCAAAAGUAGACUCCAAAAAGAGAAGCUUCAAGGCAGUAUGAGUUUCGGAGAUCAGGAAAAGAAGCUUCUCGACUUAUCAGUAACAACAACCACUGCGGGUAGUUAUAAUGAGCGCACGAGUGGUCAAGGUAGUUUAGCUGAGGCAUGCAGCCCCAGUGACUUGGAACUGAUCGAACGUAGCUCCAUUUGCGAACAAAUAAAUUCUGCUAAUGUAACAAUUGAAAGGCUGAGGCCGGAAAUGUGCAAUUCAAAUGCAGUACGUACUCUGCCAUGCUCGGAUAUUUUCCCACCACCGCCAUCUGGAUUUACAACAGGUCUCCUCCCAGCGGGAACAUUCGGCAACAUUUUCAUUUCCGUGUCCCUUCCUCAGGGUUCGGAGCGUUGCUAUCCCGAUCUUUUGGACAUUCCCGUCCACGGUACAAUAAGUCAUAUGACAGACAAACCAGUAGCACCAAAUGUCUCAAUACCCACAGAGGUAUCGAAUUUCGCUACACUGCCGAGGCGAACAUUGCGAUCUACCGAACUUGGCUCACCUUACGACAAUAUGGGUCCGAGAGUUACUGCAACAGGAAGUUCAACAUUUUCAUUAACAGACCUGGAGCUUCAUAUGACGCCCACAACGCCACAGUCAGUCAUUCAACCGCCCCCUGAAUUCGUCUCGCUUUAACUUUUUGGGCGAUGACUCUUUCAUCCAUAAUGACUUGUAAUUCCCGCACAAUACAUCCAAAGCAUCAUUCACUUUAAAUGCUGUCGGAAUAUUAUAGAGUGAUAUGUGAAAAUAGAUUUUUAAAAAUCGAUAUUUUCUAGGUUCCUUUAAUAAUUAUUUUAUCCACUUCACACGACAUCAAUGAUUAAGAAAAGCUUGCGAUGCUGUCAUGUCAUUUUUAGUAAAACUCAUAAUAAAUUUACUUGGAAUAUGUAUGGGAAAUGUCGUUCUUAAAUAAGUUGUUUAACUCCAUGUCAUGAUGGUGAAAACCAAUUUCGACUUUUCUGAAUUUCUUUACUGACAUGACAUGGAGUUGAAAAUAUCUUGCAAUAAAAUUAUUUAAUUCUCUUUUAAUACCAAA